AUGGGUACCCGGGGUUGGGAUAUCUUAUGGACGAACUUCUCUGAUAUUGUGGAUUGGUGGAAUCUCGAGAGCUUUGCUAUCCAGUUCGGGGAUUUAGUCGCAGUUAAGACUCUAAGUAUGAUGCGCAGAUACGGACCGAGCGAAUCUAGUGAUAAGAAUGUUCCAACGUGGUAUGUACCCGAUGAAGAUAUCUCUCAAGAAUGUACACUCGCUAUGAUGCAAGGAUUUGUCGCAGUCACAAAAGGUCUUUGCGAAUCUAUUGGACCCUCCACCAGUACCGAAUACGGCAUCACGAAGGAGAGGCAGGCUCGUAGCUACCUUGUGGGAAGAAUGGACAAAAAUGAUGAAUUUGCUCAGCAGUUAAUACGGGAGUUGAGUGAAAGGGUCGCGGGGCUCCAAGUCCUCGUAUAUGACCGGGAAAAGAGAGAUGUACCUGGCCGUCUUGUCUCACCUCUCCUUGCAGACCAGAACCCUUGGAUCACACGUUCUCGAUCCGCGUCAAAAAGGGAGGUUCUUGGUUCGCAACUAUGGGUGGUUGAGUGGUCCAUAGGCAAUGUACUCGACGAUAUUGAGAGUAUAAAUAGCCUAACGGGUAAUGAUAUGACCAAAGACUACUAUGAAUUCAUCAUUAUCGACAGAGCCCCAGGAAGGCAAUUCGAUCUUCUCGAUGUAGUGGCCGAUGCACUACUCAAGCUAAGAGGCGAUCCGCCAUACGUUCAAGUUUUUCGUCAGGCCACCCAGAAAUAUAUCCCAGCCGAGGAACAAGCAGCUUAUUUCGAAGACGUCGCUAAUGUACAAACAAAUGAGCUCACACCGGGUUUUCCCCAAUAUGUAGGCAAUCGUAUCCGGUGCUGGGACAUCCCCAACACAGUUCGCGAUAUCCUUCGAACCCUCCUGCAGGAUAAAUGUCGGACUAUAACCAAGUACGAGUCUCGAAUUAUAUCUAGAGUUUCGGCAGACCUCGAGUCACACGGAAUUAUUACAAAGAUCCUCGAAUACGAGCCACCAGACGUAAGCCCCGUUAUUAUGCCAGGAAUCGACGGGCUUGAUGACGUAUACUUCCCCUAUGAUUUGGGGCUCAUAAAGGAACAAGCCGAAAUCGGGUGCAUCGUUGGCUUUGAUCCUUUAAAAAACAAUCUCUUCGAAUUCUCGGCAGCCUACAAGCGCGCUCACCCCAACGCCCUGUUUGCCAAAGGAAGAGUCAACAUGCCCUACUGCGCAUGGCCUAGUCCUGUUCCUGCCGGACUCGGAUUCUCUCAUAUUAAUUUCAGUACACCGGAGGGUCGUAUGUAUAGGUGGGAGAAGCUUCCGUUUGACAUGCCUAUGUCUCCUUAUGUAUGGCAGGUGUUUGCGCAUUUGCGGAUUCACACUCAGCUGUCGUUCGUACGUAUCGUGCAGUCGACGUUCGUUAUAUGUGCAGAUAGCGGUGACAGCGCGUUGGCCAAUCUCAGGGCGUUGCUUGCGAUAGGCGAGAAGCAUGGGUUGACGUUUUCUGUCCCACCACCGUCAUUGUGGACAAACGAUAUCAGGAGUUUGGGCCUUGAGUCAUUGUGGGAAGGAACACGUCUUUUCUUACAAACAUGA